GCUCAGCCAGCCGGCUAUGGUUAUAAACAGUUAACUAAAAACAACGGCAACAGCAGCAGCAGGUUGGCAACAGGUGUUGCCCCUGGCUACACUGACGCUGGGGAGGAGCUAGAGGAAUUGGCAACUGCCGUGAAGCGUGUCGGGUUGAGCUGAACUCAAAACAAGCCCGUCAACUAGGCGACUGUCAAAUGCGCCACAUAUCCGUAUUAUCGACCAAACAGCAGCAAACUAAUAGAAUGUGAACUUUAAGGGACUUUCUGGGUCUCAGUUUGCCGCAGAUACAUAUUGGAUUUCAACCGCUCUAGAACGUCCUAAAAAGUGCUCUUCUCCAUUUUUGGAUUAUAACUCCAAUCAUGGAUGACCGCACCAUAGAUUCCAUAUUUCUGGGCUCGCUCGAGUCCUUGCCGCCGGUUAGCUCGAAAAUUGUGCGUAUCUUCACGAGCUCCACGUUUACGGAUACGACUAUGGAGAGAAACACACUAAUGGCCAAAUGUUAUCCCCGGAUCAAGGAUUACUGUCGAGAGAAACAUGGCUUAGAGUUUCAGGUGGUGGACAUGCGUUGGGGUGUCCGUGAUGAGGCGACAGAUGAUCACAUGACGACCGAGCUCUGCAUGCGCGAGAUUAAGAAUUGCCAACGUCUUUCGAUGGGACCGAAUUUCAUUGUGUUUUUGGGUCAGAAAUAUGGUUAUAGGCCCAUUCCUACGUAUAUAGUGUCCUCGGAAUUGCAGCUCAUAUGUGAGGAGUUGACAUCGAUGGGCGUUGAUCGGGCGCUGCUCGAUCUAUGGUAUAAAAAGGACAGCAAUGCCGUACCACCUAUUUCGGUGUUGCAACCCAUUUCAUCCAUAUUGAUUAAUUUCAACAACAAGCGCGUGCCUAAGCUACAAGCGGAGGAUCAGGCGGUCUGGUGGGAUACGCUCAACAAGAUGCAGAAGCUGCUGCGAAAGGCUGCCGCCUCAUUGGGUGCCAGCAAUAAAAUGUCUAAGGAUGAUGUGCAUAACUAUUUCAUGUCAGUGACGGAACGUGAGGUCAUCAAUGGCAUAUUGAAUGUAAAGAAUACAAAGAACCAUUGUCUGUCCUAUGUCCGCUAUAUAAACAACAUAAAUCUGCAAAAUUUGAAGAAGGCUUCGCUCUUUGUGGAUAUUAUCAAUCGCAGUUUGGACACUGAGUCUGCUAAGCUGUUGGGUGACCUGAGAGACACCAGACUGCCCGCAAAAAUCGAGUCAAGCAAUGCCCAAAAAUACACUGUGGAAUGGAUUGGUCGCGAGGGUCUCGACAUUGAAACGCACGAGGAGUACCUAAAUCAUUUCAUCUCGCACUUCUAUAAGAAUGUUGUUAAGCUCGUGGAUAGGGCCAUGCGCAAAGAAGACUCCAGUGCACAGGGGCAGAUAGUAACUGAGAUCCUUCAGCAUUUGCACGCUUGCAAUAAUUCGGUGAAAAUCUUUUACGGCCGCGAAGAAAGUUGCGAACGUAUCAAGCGAUAUAUGCUGGGGGAUUCAGAUAAGCCACUUGUCCUUUUUGGCGACGGAGGUUGUGGUAAAACUUCAUUGCUGGCCAAGAGUGCCUCAUUGGUAGCUAGCGAAUGGUUCGCCGAUAAGCGGCCCAUCAAUAUCAUACGGUUCCUUGGCACAACGCCGGACUCGAGCGCCUUGACGGCCACGCUCAUAUCAAUAUGCCAGCAGAUAUCGUACAACUAUAUGCUACCCUUUGAGAAUAUACCAGAUGAUCUUGUACCAUUAACAGCACAUUUUAAGCAAUUACUAACUUAUGCUAGCCCAAAUCAGCCGCUUACCCUAUACUUAGAUUCAGUUGAUCAAUUGACGGGCACUCAAGAUUCAAAUAAGGUAUCAUGGAUACCAACGCGUUUGCCAGUCCACUGUAAGAUCAUCAUAUCGUGUGCAAACGAACCGGCUAAUCCAACAGUUUCACAUGAGUAUCAUGUGCUCUGCAAGAUGAUCGAUGUCGAGGAGAACUUUAUUGAGGUGACGGCAUUGGGCGAGGAGCUGGCUAUGAACGUAAUCAAAAUGUGGAUGAAGACAGCGUGUCGCGAUCUUAACAACUACCAGUGGCGUUUGGUGGCUAAUGCCAUUAGCAAGUGCUCUCUGCCUAUAUUUGUUAAGCUGGUCUUUGCCGAGAUAUGUCGAUGGCGCAGUUAUACACGUCCGCAGGAGACGCAUCUGGCCAACACAGUGAUGGACUCGAUCAUGUUGCUCUUCGAGCGUGUAGAGAAGCAGCAUGGUCGCAUCUUGGUGUUUCACGCACUCGCAUACAUAACAGCCUCCAAAUCGGGACUAUCCGAGAGCGAACUCGAGGAUCUGAUCUCACUAGAUGACAAAGUGCUGGACGAUGUCUAUCAAUAUCAUAUGCCGCCUGUGCGUCGUAUACCUCCUCUACUCUGGACCCGCAUACGGAACGAUCUGCCCAACUAUCUAAGCGAACGCGAGGCUGAUGGCGUUAACGUUAUGAACUGGUAUCACAGGCAAUUCAAGGACACGGCCAAGGAGCGCUACUUUAAGAACAUGAACAUGGCCAUAUAUUUUCAUUCCAUGAUUGCAGAUUAUUAUCUAGGCAUUUGGGGUGGUGGAAUUCCCAAGCCAUUCAAAUUCACAGAGAUACAGAGGCAUCGUUUUGGCUUGGCAGAUAAGGAGGGAUCCGCAGAUCGUAAAGUACCCAUCCAGCCGCUAGUUUUUACCAGCAAGGAUGGCCUCUCCAAGCGCUACAACUUGCGCAAAUUUGGUGAACUUCCUUUUCACUUCGUACGAUCGCGACGUUUCAAGGAUUUAUUUGAGCACGUACUUUUCAAUUAUGAUUGGUUACAUGCCAAACUAUCCAGCUGUCCACUGCAGGCGGUGCUGGCUGAUUUCGAGGAUGCGUCUACAAAUACAGAGGACAAGGAAUCGAAGCGUGAGCUGAUGUUGGUUGCGGAUGCUUUACGUUUAGGUGGCGCCAUUCUCGCUAUUUACCCAAAUAUGUUAGCACCACAACUCAUUGGACGUCUGCUGCCCGAGAUCGGUGGCAAUCCCAACAUUAAAAUGUUGUUGCGAGCCUGUGAUCGCUGCGGACCCAAGGACUGUGCUUUGAUCCCGGUUAAUCAUUGCCUGCACACACCUGGCGGUCCUCUUAAGUACUCCCUGGAGGGACAUCAGUUUGCUGUGUUUGCAUUCUGCCUCACCAGCGACAUGCGUUACAUGGUUUCUAUAUCGACGCACUUCAUCACCUUUGAUUUGUCCACCUCGGAUCUUACUCGUGAUGUCAAUCCUGGUAUUGAGGGCAUAAUGCAGCAGCUGGUCUUGAGUCCGGAUAACAAAUGGGCAGCCGCCUAUUCGAACAACAACCAGACGGUGCUGCUCAACAUGCUCUCCAGUGAGUUUGUUGUGAUCAAUAGUCCUUUUGAGGAAGGCGAUGGUCAAGUCAGUGGACUGUAUUUACUAAAUCAAAAUUUAUUCCUCAAUUGCAAGCUACGCUGGGCGAAGUUUGAUAUGCGUGGUAAUCUGCUGGAAAUCUUUGAUAUAUCUGGCGAGAAUACUGGUUGGGAGAUGUUGUCCAUGGAGUUCUUUAGUCCUACGGAUUACAAUGUUAUUUUCUGGUCGGGUUCCAUUAACGAAAUUCGCCUGCGCCUGGAUUCUUGUCGUGGUUCCAAUCUUUCCAAUUCAGUGCACUUUUUCAGUGCUUUAGUCAUGAAUAAGGGACGCACUAGAGCUUAUGGCUGUGCGAACGAGGAGAACUUCGAGGUGUCUGUCUACGACUUCAUAGAGAACGAGGAGACCGGAGAGAUUCAGUGGAAUUUUGUCGAGACGUUGCCUCGAUAUGAGAAUGAUGACAAAGAAAUGUUAUUACAGUUGCGUUUGGAUCUUCAUCAGCACGAUCGCAUGCUGCUGGGCACCGCCGGAAAGGGAUUUGUUAUCUGGGAUUUCGGUUGCACCGAUAAGGAGAAUGAACGCGAGCCCAUUACGCAAGGUGCCAUGUACUUGGCUCUGCCGCAUGGCGUCAGAAAUAUCACCACUCGCAUCAUGCAAUCCAAUUCCAUAAUGGUCAGUUCCAAGAUGGACUAUGCUGUUGCUGGCGUGCGCAAGAAUCUCUAUGUCUGGUGCUUGAACACAGGACAGCUGGCCAAAGUCUUGGAUGCGCAUUUUGGACGCAUCAUACAGCUGGAGCCACUGACCAUUGGCAACUGGAACAAUUUGGUUACAUCAUCCAUAGAUCGCUCCGUCAAAGUCUGGAAUAUUAAUAACAUAUUCGAAAAGGUUCACGUCAUAGAUCGCCAUGAGCUGCAGAUCGACGACAUCAGUCUCUCUGAAGUCGACAUGGCUGUGACAGUGACUCGUAGCUGUGUUGGUGUCUGGGAGACGCGUUCCGGCCGCCUGCUAGCCAAGCUAGCAGAUAGUCCUUUGGGCGCUAUUGUUACACACGCUGAGAUCACACCAGAUGGACGUUAUAUUAUUUCAUCUGAAACUGGAAAGUUUUUAAUUUGGAAUCGCGUGUCCGAACAGGUCGUUUAUCGUGAUGAUCAGCCGGGCAUACAGCAAAUUACGCUCAUGGAUUAUGGUUACAAGGUGCUAACAGUGUCCGUACCCAACAUGAAUCAGCGUGACAUCAUUGCGGCAGCGGCAGGUGGCUCCGAUGAAUUGAAUCGCUUAACAGCCAUCACGACAGUCAGAUCAGUGCCAGAGGGUACAAUACUCUUUCGCUUUGAUUUUCCUAUUCGCAUGAUAACUGGCAUGCCAUUCCGACAAUCGGUUAUCACCGCCGAUAACGCCUACAUUGUUGUGGUUACUGUGGACAAGUCCAGCAAGGAUUGUCUGGGCGUGUACAGCGCCACAAAUGGCGCUUUCGUAACCAAAAUACUCCUCAAGGGAUGCGCCAUAAAGGAAGUGUUCUCACUGGUGCCCAUGCCCCACAAGGCCAACCAAGUGGCAGUCAUUAGCAGUGAGAAAGGCAGCAUCAUGGACAUCAAGAGCAAGAAGCAUGUACGUUCCAUUGCCAAAUGGGGUGGCAGCCUCACAAGGGAUGGCAAAUGCGGCUUGUAUGCGCCAACAAGAGGAGGUCUUGAGAUGCUAGAGCUGCGCAAAGGAACCACGGCCAAGACAUUCAUACCCAAAGUUGCCGAGGGUGUGUUCUCUGUUAUUUGCAUAUUCACGGAGAACGACGAGUAUGUGGCGUAUUACCACAGUGGUCGGAAGACUAUUCGCGUUUUUCGGACCGUGGACACUGAGAUGAUAGCCAACUAUAGGCUGCAAGCUGAGCUGACGGCUAUAAAGAGCAGCAAAGAUGGUCGGGCCAUUGUGCUAGGAACUGUCGAUGGCUGUAUGUCCGUGUUGGCCAUUGUUGAUCCCAAAAAGGAGGAAAUGAUUGAAUAUUUGAAUGCGCUGCCAUCACGCGACGAAAACUGGAAGGCCAAACUGGCAAAGAUGAAAGCGCGUGUUGGCUUCAAGGCGGCUAUUAGAGUGGCUACCAUAUCCUCGCGUUACGCCAAGCCCAAGAAUGGCGAGGGUGAUGGAGAGGACGAAGAGCUGACUGAAAUAAGCGAGGAUGUGGUCUCUGUGGCAGAGUAGAUGAAUUAUAAAUAUAACGUUUAUUAUGUUGCAUAAAUAAUGGGGCAUGUUACAAAAGAUUUAGGCAUGUGUAUGUGUUGUGAGUAUUCAGUGUGUGGAGUGUAUAAGUGUAAGUGUGUACUGUGUGUGUGUGUUAAACUGGAUGAUGCUUAAACUAAACUAAACAAUUGUUAAAACAAAACGUAAU